AUGGCUCUGGAUCGUGAGAGCAAGGAGCUGCUGUGGCGAACGCUGGAGGACCUCGGGCACGAUGACCUCAAGGCCUUCAUAUUCCACAUGCACCUGCCCCCCAAGCGCCUCGACGGAAACGCCAAGGUGGUGGACGUCGUCAACCAGCUGGAGAAGAAGCACGGCGAGAAAGCCAUGAAGGAGAGCGUCGAGAUUCUGGAGAAGAUCCAGAACCACAACCUGGCCCAGAAGCUGCGCCGCGGCAUGGAAGAGCUUCAGGCGGCGAGGCGCAGGAGGUCCACCGAGCUGCGGAGAAACGGUAGCUUCUUCUCCGUGGACGACAUCAGGCGCUACCAGCGGGCCCUGCAAGAGAACCUGCGCGGGAGCUACGUCAACGCUCCGGAGGGCAGCGCGGAGCUCUGCGAGCAGCGGCCUAUGGAGGACGCCUACGCCGAGCUCAACAUCGUCUACGGCGCCGACGCCACCCCCGACAAGCGGCACGAGGUCCUUCAGAUGGAGACGUGCGGCGAGGCCGCCGAGUCCAUCGCGCCGCGCCACAUCUUCCGCAGCGCCGGCGGGAGGCCGCGGCCGGUGCGCACGCUGCUCACCGUGGGCUUCGCCGGGAUCGGCAAAACCUUCCUGGUGCGCAAGUUCGUGCUGGACUGGGCCAGCGGCAAAGGCGACGGGGACGUGCACCUGCUAUUUCCCUUCACCUUCCGCGAGAUGAACUUGGAAAAGGGCAAGCGCUUCUCCCUGGCCCGGCUGGUCCGCCACUUUGUCUGGGAGAGCAAGCCCAUGAGCGUGGAGACGCUGGACCUGAUCUUCAAGCAGCUGCAAGCGUCCGGCAAGCGCGACUUUGAAAGCAGCGGGAUCAAGGUCCUGUUUGUGCUGGACGGGCUGGACGAGAGCCGCCUCAAGCUGGACCUCGGCGGCUCGGCGGCGCCGGACCUGGACGUGACCGAGGCCUACCCCCUGGAAGUGCUCCUGGCGCACCUGAUCAAGAGGAACCUGCUUCCCUGCGCCCGGGUUUGGAUCACCACGCGCCCCGUCGGCGUCCACGAUAUCCCCGCCGACCUCGUGGACAGCAAGACGGAGGUGAAAGGAUUCAGCGAGUCCCAGAGGCUGGACUACUUCCGGAAGAAGUUCCCGGGCGGGGAGGAGGUGAUCGGCCACAUCCAGAAGUGUCGCAGCAUCUUCAUCAUGUGCCACGUGCCCAUCUUCUGCUGGAUCACCGGCGUGGUUCUUCAGGGCCACUUGGACGCCGGAAAGCGAGAGGAGCUGCCCGGCAGCCUGACCCAGAUGUACGCCGAGUUCCUGCUCUACCACCUGGACAAGUCGGAGGAGCGGCGGUGCCAGAAGAGCGCGCGGGACGUCAAGGCGCUGGCCGAGCUGGCCUUUGGGCAACUGAUGAAAAAGCAGCAGAUCUUCUACGAGAGCGACCUGCGCGGCGGCGGCGGCUUGGACUACCUGCGGGCCGCCAAGCACUCGGGCGUGUUCACCGAGAUACGGCCGCUCAAGCGUAACCGGGCCGACAAGAUGUUCCAGUUCAUCCACCUGAGCGUCCAGGAGUUCCUGGCCGCCCUGCACGUGAUGAUCAGGCUCUUCCGGGACAAGAAGAACAUCCUGGCCCAUGCCGAGCCCUCGCUGGGAGGUCUCCUCUCGCUGUGCAAGCGCAAGACCAUGACUGAGGUCCACGAGGCGGCCCUGUGCAAAGCCUGCGACAGUGAGGGCCACCUGGACUUGUUCCUGCGCUUCCUGCUGGGCCUUUCCUUGCCCCGCAACCAGAGGCUCCUGGACCGGCUGCUGAAGGCUCCCGGGGAGCCGCGGGACCAAGGCCGCUCCCAAACGCUCCUCCUGGUCAAGAGACGCAUCGAGCGCGGCUCGCCGGAGCGGAACAUCAACUUGUUCUACUGCCUGAAGGAGCUGGAGGACGACUCGCUGCUGGAGCACAUGCAAGCCUACCUGGCGUUGGCGCGGGUGUCCUCGGACGCGCUGCUGCCGGACAUGCGGGCGGCCCUGCUCUUCUUCUUGCUGACCUCCGACGAAGCCCUGCGUCGCUUCGACCUCAAGAGCUACUCGCCGUCGCAUGGGGGGCUGCUGAUGCUGCUGCCGGUGGUCAAGGCUUCUCGAGAAUCGGCGUUGGACCACUGCCGGCUGGGCGAGGCCAGCUGUGGGGCGCUGGCCUCCGUUCUGGGCUCGCCGUCCAACCUGAGGGAGCUGGACCUCAGCGACAACGACUUGUACGACCGCGGGGCGGAGCUCCUCUCGGCCGGACUGGCGAAGUCUCACUGCGUCUUGCGAGUCCUCAGGCUGUCGGGCUGCCUGGUGGCCACGGCGGGAUGCGCGGCGCUGGCCGAGGCUCUCGUGCUGAACGGCGGCCACCUCCGAGAGCUGGACCUCAGCUACAAUGACCCGGGAGAACAAGGAAAGAGGCUCUUGACGCGGGUCCAAAGGCAUCCCGGCUCCAGCCUGAAGACUCUCAACCUGGAGCACGGCGGCCAAGAGCGUUUGAUUCCCGGCCUCCGGAAAUAUCUGUGCCGACCCGCCUUGGAUCCCGACACGGCUCACGACUGUCUCCGGCUCUCGGACGGCUGCAGCGUGGCGACGGUGAUGCUGGAGGCGCAGCCCUAUCCCCCGAGCGCCUCCAGGUUCACUUGCUGGCGGCAGGUCCUUUGCCGGAACGGACUGAGCGGACGCUGCUACUGGGAGGUGGAGGUGGAGGGCAAGGUCUCCGUGGGCGUGACCUACGACAGCGUCCAGCGGAUCGGGGAGGGCGAGAACGUGCGUCUGGGAGCCAACGAGGCGUCCUGGGUGCUGUGCUACGACGACGGCGCCUACUCGGUGUGCCACCGGGACAGGACGCUGGAGCUCCCGGGAGCCGCGGGGUCCGGGAAUCUCGGAAAGCUGGCCGUGUUUCUGGACCAUCCCCGCGGCACGCUGUCCUUCUACCGGCUGGCUCCGUUGGGGCCCGAGCUCCUCCACACCUUCCGGGCCGCCUUCACGGAGCCGCUUUACCCGGCCUUCGGAUUCGGCUACGACAACGGAUUUGACGGCUUCGGGGACUUUGUGUCGCUGGCCGGGGCGGGCGCGUCCGUAUCGACCCGCUUCUGA